AUGGCGUACUGUCCUAAACGAAGAAUCAAAGUCCAUGUGAAUGGGCAGGAGGGUUACUUCUUCAAUGUCGCCUCUGCUUUUCUUCGAGACUGCGUUCCCUCCCCGGCCCUGUCCAGCUGGGUGCCAAGCCAUCCCCACACCACAGUAGAUCGUGGCCCACGCACUGCAGAUGUUCAACGCGUUGACGACGCUGCGGUGCAGCCGAACUCCUUUUACUUAGCUGUGGUGUGUGGUGCCAAGCUAAUCGAGAUGAACUGCAAAGUACGCUAUGCCAAGGCUAAGCUUAUCGUCUCUGAUGCCUCGGUCACAGAUAUGAGUUCGGAUACAAUGAAUGCGGGGUCAUUUGGGUUUGCAUGCAAAGAUAUUGACCCUCUUGAGGUCUUCGAUCAGUGGUGGAUGUUUUCCACUCUCUUGAAUCACGUCUGCGAAGAACGCCUUGCAGCGCUCUUCAUGCUCAUCGACCGAUAUGCUAUCGCAUUCGAAUUCGGUUCUCGGCCCUGA